AGCUGCCGCCGUGGUCGUGGUCGGCCUCCGCCCGCGGCAGCCCGGUGCGCUCGCCUCCCCACGCCCGGAUCGCCGGCUGCCCCGCGUCGCUGGGCGUGGUGGGCUGGGCUGCGGGGGCCGCACGUGCUCGCUGAGGGCACCCUUGCCCCCUCUCGGCCACAGAUCGCCCAGCCUCUCCAGAACAACUUCAGCUGGCCCAGAGAGGGGUUCCCAAGUUGCACGGGGGAAGAGUGUGUGUGCAAAGGGAGGGGGGCUUUGCCAGGCAGCCUCCCUCGCUCCCUCCCCCCCCCCACUUCCCUCCGCCCCGCGCCCGGCGCGCUUCGAUGGGGGGCGGAGGAGAAGGACCUGUCCGCAUGGAGCGCCGAGGAGAUCCUUGGAGCCCAGCGCUGUUUGUACCCACCAACCCUCGACGCCUCCUCGACAGACAGCUGCCCUGGUGAAAGGGGACGGCAGGCAGGCCCCCGGGGCCUCGCCGCAGGUUGGGCUUGCAGAUCUUUGGAGCGAGCUGUCAACCCGACCCACCCCUCGAACAAAGGAGCCCCUCGCACCUCUCCCACGCGAGGCGAUCCCUGAGGUCCGGAAGAAGCAGGGAGACGCGCCCGGAGUGGGGAGCCAACCAGCGGCACCGCGGCAGAGGAGGAGAGACAGCCCACCCUGUCCCCAUCCACCUAGCACUUAAACGAGCGGAGCCAGCUGGGGAAGAGUGCACUUCCACCAGCCAUCAUGGGACACGCGCGGCUUCUGUGGCUCUGCUCCCUACUCGUGCUCAGUCUUUGGUGGCCGAGCUCCUCCUCAAACGAGAUCCUGGGCCUGAAGUUGCCACUGGAACCAGUGCUUAAUGCCAACACAGUCUGCCUGACCUUGCCUGGCUUGACCCGUCGACAACUGGAGGUAUGCGUGCGGACUCCUGAUGUGACGGCUUCUGCCAUUCAAGGCAUCCAGAUUGCCAUCCACGAGUGCCAGCACCAGUUCCGUGACCAGCGCUGGAACUGCUCUAGCCUGGAGACGAAAAACAAGAUUCCAUAUGAAAGCAUCAUCUUCAGCAGAGGUUUUCGGGAGAGCGCGUUUGCCUAUGCCAUUGCAGCAGCAGGAGUAGUGCAUGCUGUCUCCAACGCUUGCUCCCUGGGAAAGCUGCAGGCAUGUGGAUGCGACCAGAAGCGCCGAGGGGACGAGGAAGCCUUCCGCAUCAAGCUGCACCGGCUGCAGCUGGAGGCCAUGAACCGGGGCAAAGGAAUGAUGCAUGGUGUGCACCUGGAGCACAUGCCAGCUGAAGCCCCAGGCCUGCAGGACUCCUGGGAAUGGGGGGGCUGCAGCCCUGAUGUGGACUAUGGGGAGAAGUUUUCCAAAGACUUCCUAGAUUCCCGGGAGACCUACCGAGACAUCCACUCCCGCAUGAGGCUGCAUAACAACCGUGUUGGCCGGCAGGUGGUGAUGGAGAACAUGCGGAGGAAAUGCAAAUGCCACGGCACCUCGGGGAGCUGUCAGCUGAAGACAUGCUGGCAGGUGACCCCCGAGUUCCGACUGGUGGGCUCACUGCUCAAAGAUCGGUUCUCUGGGGCAAUCCUGAUCCGGCCCCACAACAGGAACACAGGACAAAUGGAGCUAGGUCAUGCCCGCCACCGGCGCCGGGCUGGCAUCACUGACCUGGUCUACUUUGAGAAAUCGCCAGACUUCUGUGAAAGGGAACCAGCCCUAGACUCCAUGGGGACGCAAGGGCGCUUGUGCAACAAGACCAGCCCAGGCAUGGACAACUGCGAGAGUUUGUGCUGUGGGCGGGGGCACAACAUCCUGCGGCAAACACGCAGCGAGCGCUGCAAUUGCAAGUUCCACUGGUGCUGCUUCGUAGCCUGUGAGGAGUGCCGGCUCACCGAGUGGGUCAGCGUCUGCAAGUGAUUCUGGGCCCACCUGGUGCUCCACAGACGCUGCUGCUUGACUUUGCAGCACUGCAGAAUGGGCUCCUGCCAUCAGGAGGCACAGUUGGGUGGCCUGACACAGGAGUUUUUCAUGUUUGCCUGGCAGUCCCGCUCCUUCCUGACCUAUACAUGAGAACUGUGCCUCCACUGGGUCCAUCUGAACACAGCGUGUGGGCCUUACACCUCACAGGCACAAAGGGCCUUGCGCCAGGGACUCAGUGGCUUGGCUCCUCCUGCCAUGAACAGGGUGUCUGGAGUCUGCGAGAGUAACUCUCAUGCCUUCUCUGCCUGCUGAUAUAUGUGAGUUCUAAGGCCAGGGAGCCACAAAUGUUGGUUCCUCCAGCAGAUACUUUCUCGAGCUCCUUCUGACUCCGCCCCCACCCCAGUGACAUCAACUAUGCAAUCACUCAGGUGACUCCAUGAUCCUACUGACUGAAAUAACUGCUUAAAAACAAAACCUGGGCUGAGACUGCUGCGUUGCCAGUUCAGGGAAUUCAGACUCUUUCUGUGGCUACCACAAGACGUUUGUUGUUCAGGGGAAAAAAAAGAAAUUAAAAUACCAAGUUUGCUUAUGGAAAUGUUUUGAACAAGGAAUGGAAGGGUGGGGGAGCAGAGGUUUCUGUCUGUAGUCUCCCAUAAAGGUGCCAGAGGCAUUUAGGGUGGUUACUGUGGUUGGUAAAUUAUUUUAUUAUUGUGAGAAUAAAAGUGAAUCAGAGAUG